AUGUUGCUCACCUCGUCGCAAGUCUCAGUCGCCAUCUCGUCCAUAAUCGAAGAGACAUGGACUAACACGUCCACCCCCUUCACCUCUCCAGUCGUCGUCUUCACAUCCGCCCUCUUCUUCAGCGGCUACGCCAUCCAGCAGCGCACCCUCCGCGAGCUGCGCGCCGCCAUCCGGCCCGAGCCGCGGCCCUCGCCCAAGAUCUUCCUGCCCGACCGCUUCCGCAAGACCACCACCGAGCUGCCCGACGGCACGAUCGUCGUGGUCGACGACGGCGGCGGCGGCGAUGCCGACGAACAGAUGCCGCGGUGGAUGAGGGAGAAGCUCGCCAAGGAGGCCAGGGCGAAGGCGGCGGCCAGGGAGAUGGUCGUCGAGGUCAGGAAGACGGUGCCGGGCGAGGGCGGACAGCAAAAGGUCGUGAAGCAGGACAAGUCGGCGUCUUCCAAGAAGAAGAAGCAGAAGGCCGCGAAAGCGGCCAAGGACGGCCAGGGCAAGGAGCAGUGGGACAAGAACCUUGUGCCCAACCCGGACGACGCCUCGAAGAAGCCCGUGAGCAGGGCGGAGCGGCGGAGGCUGAUCAAGGAGGAGAUCAAGCGGCUCUCUCAGAACGAUCGGCCUACGUACUAUCAGCGUCGACUCUGGUAA